AUGGCAGUCAUCACCAUCUCAAUAUUUGGACGCUAUCCGCUUUCCUUAUACCUUCGCGAAGAUAACUUCUUCGCUAAGAGGAAAACCGGGGGGGUAAUAGUCAGCUGCUACUACAAGCGCUCCUCCUGCUGGGGUAUCCUUACUUGGCCCAGGUACUACGAACCGUAUAAGAGGUCCGGGUGUCCUAUAUGGCUAUUGGAAAUAGAAUUCAAGAUUAAGCAGACCUCGGGAAGGAUUAACUACGCGGCAUUCAGUCUAGAAUUCGACUCGGAGAUGACCGAGUUUUACAAACCAUCUAUUAGGCAAGAAACCGCUGCCCAGCCGGAAAUAACAACAUUGGCAGAGGUAGUCAAGGUCAGGCACCUGAUUCACGAGACUAAAGAAACAAUCACCGACCGUUGGCUCCUAGCUACUAUAAGGUCGUCUAGCACUCUCAAGGAGAGCAAAAGCGGCAUUCGCAAGAUAUGGACUUUCCAACCUAGACCUAGAGACUUGGCAACAAGGAGAAUAACACUAAUAAGAAUGGAGCCCGAGAUUGAGUUGAAUAAGGAUGCCAUCAUACCACUAACAACGUUGAUAGAUCAAGCGUUCAACCAAGCCCAAGACGCCCUACGCGAGUUAUCGUCGCCGGACCUAGAGACUCAGACAACGGCCAUAGCCGCAAUACCGUUCACAUUCUCAGCACUCACUACCCAUCCUGCGGCUCCAUCAACCAUGCUCCCUGCACCUCAACCUAGCUCGCUCCUAGUAAACGAGCCUAGUAUAUUGCCCGUAUAUGGGCCAAUGGCAGUGCCGCCAUUGCCCAUAGUGCCAUCCACCCAGCCGAUGGCCUCAUUGCACACGUAAUAUUAAGGACUGGAACUCGAACCAGGUUGCCGGGUUAGGACGCUAUACAACGAACUAAGUCGUUAGAGAGCAGGAGGCUUUAAAAGAGGGAAUAAUGCUGCCAGUAUCAGGAAAGUCGAUGGGCCGUGUAGCUUAUGGGCAUUAUAGGUUGUAUGGUAAUUAGGUAUAAUGCAGGUUAUAAUCGCUCGAGAGGUCGGCUUUGGAUGGGAUCUUAUAUAUGUAGGUCGUGCAGUUGGCGGGGUUUAAGGCUGGCAGGUUCAAGGAAUGCGGUUUCCAACUUGACUACCUAUCUAGGUAGUGAAGUAUAGCUAUAAUA